AUGUAUCACAAGAUUGUUGAAGGAUGGAUAAAGAAGAACGUAAACAACAGACUGGGUGACUUACACGAAGCACAAAGAAGUCUCUUUCAAGACGAGGCAGGUCUACAAGAAGGGCYCAGUGCCAUAAAACAAGUAAACAACAGACUGGGUGACUUACACGAAGCACAAAGAAGUCUCUUUCAAGACGAGGCAGGUCUACAAGAAGGGCYCAGUGCCAUAAAACAAGAUCCGGAACUGUACUCCAUCAACCUCAAGGAAGCAAUAACAAGGCAAACAGAUUUACUAMCGAAACAAAUAUAUCAAAGUACAUUAAAAACUGACGAUAUUUUCACAAGUUUGACUAUUCACCAUGGAAAAAAAGAACUCUUACACCAGGGAAUAAGUCAAGAUUAUGAAGAAAGCCAAGAAAAAGAGGAACAAGAAGCUCGUAAAACGUUGASCAAAAUAAAGCAGCAUCGCGAGAUUUUUGUUGACGAAAGCAAAGAAAGCAAUCCGAAGUCAAUUUUGGUUUCUGGUAAACCGGGUAUCGGAAAAACGUUAUUUUCGCAGAAAAUUGUAAGAGAUUGGUCAAGCCAGAGUUUAUUGAUACCUGACAUCAAGUUCUUUUAUCUCAUAACAUUUAGUGAACUUGCACGACUUGGAAACAAACAGCUUACACUCAGAGAAAUGCUGAAUGUCUCACCCUUACUGGACACAAAGACCAUGUUAAACGAAGAAAUAAUGGAGUAUAUUAUCCAGCACCCAGAACAACUGUUUACUGUCUUCGAUGGCUUUGAUGAAUACAAAGACCGCGACAAAAUAAUCGGAGACUUUGAAGAGGAAUUUCCCAAUGAUGUGAAAGCCAAGAUGCCGGUAGCUGCCCUGGUUAGCAAACUAAUCCGAAAAAAGAUCUUGCGCGAUUCUGUCUCCAUGAUAACCUCAAGACCGAGCGAAUCCAGCGCUUUGGACCAAAAAAUGCAUUUCGACCGCUACGUUGAGAUCACAGGAUUUUCAGAAUCGCAGGUCAUCGAAUACGUUGAGAAGUAUUUCAAAUGUAAACCAGAAAAAGCAACCAAACUUGGAGCAACAAGAGCUGAGAUUGGUUUUAUAUUUGGUACAUACCCGCUGAUAGCUUUCCCUGCCUCGUUAAUCUAUGGAGUUCUGAUACCAAAACUCGGUGCAGAAAGAUUGUUACUUUAUGGUAUCUUCACUAAUGGAAUAACAGUCAUCUUAUUUGCGUUCGUUAACCUCGUGACUUCAAGCCAUCUGUUUGUCGCGGUGUGUAUGACAUUAAGAAUCCUGGCAGCGAUCGGUGGCGCUGCUUGUGAAACAACGAUACGAGCUAUCGUCUUAACAGACUUUGGUACCAACAAUAUUGGUUUUUGUAUGGGAGUGUUAUCUACGGCGACAGAGCUUGGAUUUACUAUCGGUCCAUUUCUAGGAGGCACGUUAUAUAGCUUUGGAGGGUUCAAGCUGCCUUUUCUCGUGGUUGGUGGUUUGUUGUUAGCGUUGCUAUUGGUCAUAUGUUUUGCACUCCCUAAAAAAGGUAAGAACGACUCACGUGAUCCAAUAAAUUAGGUCAUGUAACCUUACUUCCCAUGCAAAACGAAUUCCAGAAUUAGUUA